AUGGGCUCCCAGUCCGCCGCAGUCAACUCGCAGCCCCAUAUCCCCAAAGCGGGGGUAUGGUGUCCUGCAGUGACAUUCUUCGACCACGCAACAGACACGAUCGAUCUAGAGUCGCAGAAGAAAUACUACGCCUACCUAUCCAAGACUGGCCUCGCCGGCCUCGUCAUCCUCGGAACAAACUCCGAAGCCUUCCUGCUGACCCGAGAAGAGCGCGCGCAACUGAUCGCCGCAGCCCGCGAAGCCGUCGGCCCUGACUUCCCCUUGAUGGCAGGUGUAGGCGCCCACUCAACAAAGCAAGUUUUGGAAUUAGCAGCAGAUGCCGCAGCCGCAGGCGCAAACUACCUUCUUGUCCUCCCACCCGCGUACUUCGGCAAGGCAACGACCCCGAACGUUAUCAAGCGCUUCUUUUCCGACGUUGCUAAGAAGGCACCCCUCCCCGUCGUGAUAUACAAUUUCCCCGGUGUCUGCAACGGCGUGGACAUCGACUCCGAGACGAUCACGGAUAUCGUGCGCGAGUCCGCGAAUUCAAGCCCCAAUGGCGUCUCAAACGUAGUUGGCGUGAAGUUAACUUGCGCGUCCGUUGGGAAGAUCACACGUCUUUCAGCGACAUUCUCGCCGGCUGAAUUUGCCGUGUACGGUGGACAAUCGGAUUUCCUGAUCGGCGGGCUGAGUGUCGGCUCCGCGGGGUGUAUCGCAGCUUUUGCGAAUGUGUUCCCACGCACGGCGUCGAAGGUUUAUGAGCUAUACGUGUCUGGGAAGGUGACUGAGGCGAUUGAGUUGCAGAAGCAGGCUGCGCUGGCGGAGAGUCCUUGCAAGAGUGGUAUUGCGUCGACCAAGUACGCGACGGCAAUUUAUACUGCGAAGUUGGCAGGCAUUGACGGAGCGGAGGAGAAGUUGAAGCCUCGGACGCCAUAUGAGGAGCCCGCAGAAGGCGCAAAGAAGGUUGUACGGAAUCUGAUGGACGGCAUGGCGAAGGUUGAGGUGACUUUUUAG